AUGGAAGAACUAGGAAUCUUGCCCCCGGUGGCGCCUGCAAUGUCGUUUUUCAAGCCCAAGGAAUCGGCGCCCCAGGAGGAAACCGACAUCUACUUGAAGUUGAAGAAGUUGGAGAAAGAAUUGGACCUCUUGUUGUUGCAAGAAGACUACAUCAAAGACGAACUGCGCCACUUGAAGAGAGAAUUGGUGCGUGCGCAGGAGGAGGUCAAGCGGAUAAGGUCUGUUCCGCUUGUCAUUGGUCAGUUUUUGGAGCCCAUAGACGAAAAUACCGGUAUCGUCAGCAGCACCACAGGCUCGAACUACGCUGUGCGCAUCUUGUCCACGUUGGACAGGGAGUUGUUGAAGCCGUCGUCCUCGGUGGCCUUGCAUCGCCAUUCCAAUGCUUUGGUGGACAUUUUGCCCCCUGAAGCCGACUCCUCGAUCGCAAUUGUGGGAGACAACCAGAAACCCGACGUCACCUACGCGGACGUUGGUGGCUUGGACAUGCAAAAACAGGAAAUCCGUGAAGCCGUGGAGUUGCCGUUGACGCAGGGCGACUUAUACUCUCAGAUUGGUAUCGAUCCACCCCGGGGUGUCUUGCUCUAUGGGCCUCCCGGCACCGGUAAGACCAUGUUGGUGAAAGCUGUCGCCAACUCCACAACAGCAUCGUUCAUACGUAUAAACGGUUCUGAGUUUGUGCAGAAAUACUUGGGUGAAGGCCCGAGAAUGGUGCGUGACGUUUUCCGCUUGGCCAGAGAAAACUCGCCAUCGAUCAUCUUCAUCGACGAAAUCGACGCCAUUGCCACCAAAAGAUUUGAUGCGCAAACUGGUGCUGAUCGCGAGGUCCAGAGAAUUUUGUUGGAGUUGUUGAACCAAAUGGACGGGUUCGACCAGUCUUCCAACGUCAAGGUCAUCAUGGCUACGAACAGAGCAGACACCUUGGACCCUGCCUUGUUGAGACCCGGGAGAUUGGACCGGAAAAUCGAGUUUCCGAACUUGAAAGACCGAAGAGAAAGGCGCUUGAUUUUCUCCACGAUCGCAUCCAAAAUGGCAUUGGCUCCCGAGGCCGAUUUGGACUCUUUGAUUGUGCGCAACGACCCAUUGUCCGGUGCGGUCAUUGCUGCCAUCAUGCAAGAGGCAGGUUUACGUGCGGUGAGAAAGAAUAGAUACAUGAUUUUGCAAAGCGAUUUGGAGGAGGCGUACGCCGCGCAAGUGAAGACCGGCUCUGAGCACGACAAGUUCGAUUUCUAUAAGUAA